AUGAACAUAUUCUAUCACUGCUCAGGCUCAUCCGCGGCGAGGACAACUAAAGGGCGCGAUGUUAUCAAAGGGCGUUUGGUAACUAUUGAUCCCAGCCAACCUGUGGUUUACUUGGGUUCUCAGAACGUGUUUGGUGGAGAAGUGAUGGUUGGGAACGGCAUGGCGUCCCACGAUCAGAAAUAUAUCCUGUGUUACUUCUACAUCGGCGGUGAGCUCAACCAGCUGGGAAACGUAACAACAGAGUCCGGCCAACUCUACGUUGAACGUUUGACGCCAGCCAGAGUAACACAACCGUUGCCAAUAUUGUUCAUCCAUGGCCGUGGCAUGACCGGAACCAACUUCUUGAACACUCCUGACGGCCGGCUGGGUUGGGCUGACCAUUUCAUGAGUCGAGGCUUUCAAGUUUAUAUCGUAGACCAAACUGAGCGAGGAAGGUCCUCAUGGAUCAAUGGUAUUGAUGGAGUUCAGGAUGCUCCGGAUACAUUUACCAUUGAAUCUCGCUUUACGGCCACGCAGAGGUUCAAUAUUUGGCCUCAGGCUUCCUUGCACACACAAUGGCCUGGAAAUGGAAGCGUUGGUGACCCAACAUUCGACAACUUCUUCGCGUCUGUAAUGCCAAGCCUCGUAUCAGAAGCCGAGUCUUCAGAGAGGAUGAGGGCAGCAGGCUCCCAGCUUUUGGAUGAUAUUGGACCUGUCAUCCUUCUCACUCAUUCUCAAGCUGGGCAGUAUGGCUGGAUCCUUGGUGACGCACGCCCUUCCCAAGUAAAAGCUAUCGUAGCCCUCGAACCCAUUGGACCUCCCUUCCAGAAUGCAAUCUUCACAUUGGAUCCUGCGAGACCAUUCGGGGUGACUGAAAUUCCGUUGACCUUUUCACCGCCUAUCUCAUCGGCUAGUGACCUUCGGCCGGUGGUGGUGGAGACAGAGGCCAACUUCACUUGCUUCGAACAAGCGCGUCCUGCAAGGAAGCUCAGCAACCUCGCCAAGGUCCCCGUCUUGGUCAUCACGUCACAAUCCAGUUAUCACGCAGUAUAUGAUGAAUGCAGUGUGCAUUUUCUACAGCAGGCCGGCGUUCAUGUUCGACAUGUACCCUUGGAGAGUGUGGGCAUCAUGGGCAAUGGGCAUAUGAUGUUCCUCGAAAAGAAUAAUUUGCAGAUUGCAGAUAAAGUUAUUCUAAAUUGGAUACAGCACAGCGUCAGCGUUUGA